AUGGCUAUCACCGAGCCAAGCUACUGGGAGGUAGCUCGUGAUGCCAUCACUCCACCCGUGCAAACGCUUAAGGUGUUGCUGCAAUUUUACAUUCUUGAAUUUGGGCACUGCCUCCUGAAAAUCGCCGGCGGACCCUCGUCGUUGUCUUCUUCCCCCGUUCGGAAGCUCUCCCAUUUCCCAGAUAUCGACAAGGUAAUGGCAGGAGAGGAAGGUAUUCACGUGCCUUCUCAGAAAUCGCAGUUUGACCAAACACAAGCCAACUGGAAGCAGGAGAUGGAAAGGAGCCAGUCUCAACUGGAUGCCUUGCAAGAGAAGCUUAAAGAGGUCAAGGCUUGCAUAAAAGGGUCAGAGGCGGAUGCAAAGAAGGAAGUAAACGUUCUCUGGCGUAGGGUCAAAACUUGUGCCACAUUGUUGACUUACUUGAAAUCCAAAGCCCGAAUUAUGGCAGUCCCACAUUUAUCCCACACAUCUUGUGGUAUAACAAAUUUAGACGGUGUGGGUUUCGUGGACAGAAAUGGUGUGCCAUUGUCCGGAUGGUCAAGGAAUGUAGAUAUUUCAUCCUUUGACAGUGCCGAUGAGGAAACAUGGAUGGCACUUAGCAGUCGGGAGGGUUCUCUUGACGAACAUGAUGGGGUUUAUAUUAAUGAAUUACUUAAGAGUGUCCAAAUGGUUACUGAUGUAAUGGAAACCCUUGUCAAGAGAGUUAUCAUGGCAGAAUCUGAAAUGGCCACCGAGAAGGAAAAAGUGACGGUUGGGCAGGAAGAGAUUAAGAAGAAGACAGUUCAGAUCGAGAAUAUGUCUGUAAAAUUAGAAGAGAUGGAACAAUUCGCAAUGGGCACAAAUAGCGUUUUGAAUGAGAUGAGACAAAGGGUUGAGGAUUUGGUUGAGGAGACAUCUAGACAGAAGCAAAGAGCUGCAGAGAACGAGCAGGAGCUUUGCCGUGUAAAACAAGACUUCGAAUCCCUGAAAUCUUAUGUCAGCACUCUGAUUAGCGUGAGGGAAACACUUCUUUCUUCGGAGAAACAGUUUCAGACAAUUGAAAAGCACUUUGAGCGGUAA